CUCUGGAUUUUUAUCUGAUCCUCAACUCCUCUGAUUGUGUACAAAUUCAAUCAGUAUGCUCUUUAAUCCUGCCUCUAAGUCAUUAAUAAAUUGUUAAACAGUGCUGGAAACAGAAUGGACACCUGUAGAACCUCACCUGAGAUCCCCCGUCUGUCUGAAAUCAAUCCGCCAGUAGCUAUUCUUUGCUUGCAGUGAUUCAGUCUAUUAUGUAUCCACUUAGAAGUUAUGUCUGCCUCAUGUUUCUCCAGUUAACUUAUGAGAAUAGUAUGUGGGACCAUGUCAGAAACUACUUACCAAUGUUCAGGUUGCCUUCAUGACCUUGACUUUGUUCCCUAUUCGACUCUUUUUUGCUGUUUCUAUGAUGUUAGUUGCCUGGUUUUUUGCAUUUAUUGCUUUAUUGGGAUAUAACGAGAAGGAACUUGAAAAGCCUCGGUGCUGGUGGCGAAAGGCAGUGCAUUGUUUGCUGAAAGCACUCAUGAGAACUAUGUGGCUUGCUGGUGGAUUUCAUUGGGUAACUGUAAAGGGCAGGCAGGCAUCACCAACAGAAGCAGCCAUUCUCACAGUGGCUCCGCAUUCUUCAUACUUCGAUGCUAUUUCUGUGACCAUGACCAUGGCCUCCAUUGUGAUGAAGGCAGAAAGCAAAGAUAUUCCUGUCUGGGGAACUCUAAUUAAAUACUGCCGGCCGGUAUUUGUGUCUCGGUCAGACCAGGAUUCUCGCAGGAAAACAGUUGAAGAGAUAAAGAGACGUGCUCAGUCAGGCAAAUGGCCCCAGAUAAUAAUAUUUCCUGAAGGCACUUGCACAAACAGAUCCUGUUUAAUUACCUUCAAGCCUGGUGCAUUUAUCCCUGGAGUUCCUGUACAGCCAGUAGUUUUACGGUAUCCUAACAAACUGGAUACAAUCACAUGGACAUGGCAAGGACCAGGAGCGAUGGAAAUACUAUGGCUUACCUUGUGUCAGUUUCACAAUUCUGUGGAAAUUGAGUUUCUACCUGUGUAUGUCCCUUCAGAAGAGGAAAGAAAGAACCCAUCUUUGUAUGCAAACAACGUCAGGCGGGUAAUGGCAGAGGCCUUAGGAGUUCCAGUGACAGACUACACAUUUGAAGACUGCUGUCUAGCUUUGGCUGAAGGACAGCUCCGUCUUCCUUCAAACACUUGUCUCCUGGAAUUUGCAAAGCUUGUGAGAAGUCUUGGGCUGAAACCAGAAAAGCUUGAAAAAGAUCUUGAAAAAUAUUCUGAAAGUGCCAAAAAGAUGAAAGGUGCAGGGGUCAGUCUUAAGGAAUUUGCUGCAUACUUGGAAGUUCCAGUUUCUGACAUAUUGGAGAACAUGUUUGCCCUUUUUGAUGAGAAUGAAGAAGGCAUAAUUGACCUGCGGGAAUUUGUGAUUUCUCUAUCAGUAGUAUGUAGGCCAUCUAAAGCUUUGGAAACGAUUCAGUUGGCAUUUAAGAUGUAUCAGUCAGAAAAUGGAACUAUAGUAGAAGACAAUUUAGCUUGCAUUCUGAAGACUGCCAUGGGUGUGUCAGAACUCAAUGUAACAAACCUCUUCAGAGCUAUAGAUGAAGGGGAGAAAGGAACAAUCACAUUUGAUGACUUCUACAGGUUUACAGAAAUGUAUCCAGACUUUGCAGAAGAGUAUCUCUACCCUGACCAAACAGGAGUUGAGAGCAGUUUGGAGACUUCCUCUCUUCCAGCCCCUAAUGGCUUCUGUACUGACUUCAGUCCUGAAAAUGCUGAAGAUAAAAAGAAUCCCCAGAAGAAGAAACUGAAUUGAUACUACAAACACCACAUUCCUCUCCUGGAGCAUUAUUCCAGUCAUGCUUGGAUUCAGAUUAAGCUAGCUACUGCUCAUUUGGGUGCAUUCUUUUUGCAGGCGUUGUGACAACUGGUGAGGACGCUGACUCUUUUCAAAGAAACUAUUCAGCUGAGGCCACUGGCUGUGCAGUCUGUGGUGUCUCAUCACUUCUCCAAGUAGCCUCAUGUAGAUACUGAAAAGCAGCUGGGAUCAAAAUAGAACCUUGUGUGACCUACAUGUGAACAUCCUUAAAACAUCACCCUCCUCUGGGAUGAGUUGAGAAGAAUGCUGCCUAUUGUAUCGUAGCAAUAUCUUAUGAAUGGCUUGGCAGCACCUUCUGAUAAAUUUGUGUUUUAAAACAUAAACGGGUUAGAUAGUAUGAAAUUUAGAAAGUUUGCUGUAGCCAUAAGAGGAUCAUCCAUUAUAGCUCCUAGGGCUUGCCUCUGUGACUAUUUCAUGCAUCAUGUGUGGAGGUUCAGGGAGACCAUUACAUUCAUCAGGGACGGUGGCAGGCAUGCCUCUUUCAAGACAGUGUUAAUAACUUCUAUUCUUACCAAGAGGGGCUGUACCUUAAGUUGCAUGUAAUGGCUCAAACACUUUUUUAGGGCUCCUUUAUCCACUGUAACAGGACCAAACUGGGAUGGCUGAUGCUUUCUGUUUUAAAUUUUUGUAGUAAGCUUAAAUUUCUAUGAAAGGGAGGAGAGCUUUUUGCAUGGUUGAUUCUUUGGUCUGAGGCUUAUUUCUGUAAUCUGGAUUUACUUUUAUGUUUCUUUGGCAAAAUAAUAUCACCUUGUAAUUUACCGCUGGAAGAGCAGGGAACGGGCUUCCACAUCCUUUAAUUGUGUGAUAGUAGUGUGAUCUUUUACUAAACCCAUUGUGUUGUCAGCAUAUUGGUUUUGUGUAUGUGCUGGAGUCCGCUGGUUUCGUUUGUCUGACAUUAAUUCAUUGAUGAGCCAUCUCUGAGAUCAGGGCAAGGGAGGGGCAGUUGUUUAUGGCUACACUGUAUUGCUGACUGGUUAUCGGUUGUUACAGUAUCAUCAACACAGCCUUCAUGAGUGAGUAAUUGACACUUGUAGAAAUUGCUGAACAGUUGAAGGAUUCAGCAUCUUUGAUAAGUCAGCGAGCUCUUCUUGGUAGGAUAGGGAGAUGACCAUUAUCCUUGUUUGAAUGAAGUAGCAGUUUGUGGUGAAGAAGGUAUAUUUUGUGUAUCUUGAAUUCUCUACUAGGCUGAAGAUCAGGUCUUGGGUCUUACGUUGUGCUGGCCUGGAUUGAGCCGCCUUGAGGCUGUUACCCAAAUUUUAAAAUCUGGGGAGAAAAUAACCUUCUAGCUAUUAUUAUGUUUUUCAUUUAAAACCUUGAAAAUGAAAAUUGUCACCCUUGUUGUUUAAGACAUUUUUGUCUGCUAGAAAUGUUAACAACUCUAAAAGGUGUAAAUUCAGUGCUUCAUCUCUCUGAGCUAUAAAGACAGUGAGACCCCCAGCAAUGAUGAUUUAAAUAUCAGCCAACCCUUUUUGUGGUCAAGGCAGGUAAGGAAGGAAAGCAAAAAAUAUAUUAAGAAAGUUUGGAUAAUGUACUACAAAUGUGACAGUCCAUUUAGGGCCAUGAAUGAGGAGCGUUUGAGAGUAGCAACACUUGUCCCUGUUUUCAAUUUUGACCAAUGGAACUGAAAAUCAGAGGGGGGGGGGGGCGCAGAACAGAGAUUGCACUUCUGAUUUUCACCAAGACCAAAACAAUCCCACAAGCAACAAAGCUGUCCCACUGACCUGUCUGGUCCCUUUCCAGAAUCAUGUGAACCUGGUUUGCUCUAAUGCUGGUCUGUGGCCCAGUCUCCUCCUUUCCUGACUCCUGUUCGUGCUGUUCAUCUUUUCUGCUUGUGGCUGGUUGUAGUCUCAAACAGACAUUCCUGCAUCUCUUUGGCUUGGGUCAUGUUCACAAGCUUUUCUUCACAUUUUGGAAUGAGGGUUUAUAGACUUUUUUUAAAAAUGAGAUUCUGAUGCCAUUGCAGGACUCUGGCAACCAUGGUCCCAAGCACGUGACUGUUCAGGCCUGUGUCAUUAUCAGUAAUAAUACCACUGCUUUCCCUCCAUAAUUCAAGCCUUAUAUACGUAUCCAUCUGAGUGAGAGAAAUGAAAGUGUGUUUCUAUGUAAGACAAGAAUUUGGAUGUUGAAAUUCUUGUUUGUUUUUUCUUUUUUUAAAAAAAGAGAGACAUUCUGGAUGAUGUCUAUUUUGUAAUAUUUUCUGGCUUCCUUUUCACAUCAUUACUUUAGUUGGCAGGUGCCUAUUGCCAUAAGAAUGCAAUGUGGAUAAAAUAACUUGGGACAAUAGUUUGUCCUUACAGAUGCUGGAGAAAGCGAAAACUAUAAUACUUUACAUGCUACUAUAGUAUUGGGUAUACAAUUCAUUUGAUUAUUGGUCAUUUCUAAGUCUCUGAACAUAUAUGGGGAGAAAAUCCCAGAUACAUGUCUUUUGUCAUUAUCUAGCAUGAAAACAGUUUUGUAUUUCAAAUGUUGAAUAAACUUGUAAAGUUCUUGUAUGUUCUAAGUAUAUAUUUUUGUCAUACAUGUUGUCUUUUACUGUAAAAAUCCAACUAGAUAUUUCUUAUAUUUUGGAAGGGAUGUCUAAGCACGUCGUUUAUUGUGACUGCUGGCCUAACCAGAAAAGCAAUUUUUUAAAGGACAACCUAAAACUGAAUCGUGUUUUUAAAAGUAUGUAGAAUAGAAUUCCUUAAAUUUUAACUUGAGACUCAUUAGCAACUGUAUAUAUACUUAGAGAAAAAAAGCUGCUUGUCUACAUGGUAAUUUGUAUUAGUGAAUUAUUUUCAUUAAAAUUAUACUGCUUUCUGUAAUAAUUUUUCAAGGGUAUUUAGAGAGGUCCAUGAAAAUUAUGCAUCAGUAAGUGUUUAGCAUUAGAACUCAGAAAUGUAGAAAUCUAUUUAAAGUAGAAGCAUUUGUAUCCUGAAAGAGGAUGAAGUUAAGCAUCUACUAACUUUGUAUAACGUACUAUUUUAACUUCAAUGGUGCAGCAUUAUGAUGCUGAAAGUAUUUCAGAGAUCUGUUCAGUGGGACCAUUUUUUAAAUCUUUUGUAAUUCCCAAUCUCUCUCCAGGCAUGAAAUAAAUUCUCUUUUGGAAGAAUUAUCAACCAAGUUAAAGUUUAAAAAAAAAAAAAAAAAAUAUUCUGGAAAUUUUUUUUAAAUCUCACGAAUUACUUCUAAACUGCCAUCAAAAUAUGGCUAUUUGUAGAUUUUGACAAACACUACUGCAUUUUUUUAAAUGAAAUGUGAAUUUAAAUUGUUGAGAGAGCUGUUAAUUGUUCAAAUAAUCAGUUUGGUAACUUGCGUGCAUGUGUGCGUGUUCCAUUACAUCUGUAUUCAAUAUAGGCACUGCCAUGAACAGAACACUUUUAGUUGAUGCUGUGACUUGUGCUUAUAUGGCAAGUCCUAUAUUCAUAUUCAGGAAAGCCAGUUUUGUAAGAAGCCACAUAAUGGGUAUUGUGGUCUUGUUCCAGCUUACAGUUGACUUCAACAGUGCUGGAUCAAGCCUUUUGUGAUUGUAUAUCGAUAUGCACACUGCCAACGAGUCCUUGCUAUUGUUAAAUCCCUGGAACGUAAUAACAGCAUAUACUGCUAAUGAGAGGAAGUGUCCUAAACUUUUUUUCUGUUGCCGAUUUUCCCCUGUUAACAGGCUUUUAAGGUAUAUGUAUAUAGACCGUUAUCUUUGCACUGGACUGAAUUAUAUUUCAUAAUUAAGCAAAAAAGAAAAGAAGAAAA